AUGAGCAAGCAAAAAUCCAAAUCUCAAGGACAAUCCUCAGGGCUUUACAAGCCCGAAUCAAUCAAGGAUGUGGCGGAAUCUAUAGGAAUAACCGCGCUGUCUGAUACCGUAGCAUCCGCACUCGCAAGCGAUGUCGAGUACCGAAUACAUCAGGUGGUUGAGGAGGCAUCUCACUUUAUGCGCCAUGCGCGUCGCACGACUCUGACGACAUCUGACAUCGACCAAGCCCUCCGUGUCCUAAACAUCGAACCUUUAUACGGACACUCCGCCCACCAUCCACCUUCUUUCCGCCGUGCGCUUCCGUUCCCCCAACUUCCUUCAGCGGGUCCCGUAUACUUUGUUGAAGACGAAGAGAUCGACUUUGACCGCGUGCUGAAAGAGGACAAGCUCUCGCUGCCUAAUGGGGUGCGGUGGACAGCGCACUGGCUCGCCGUCGAAGGCGUCCAACCUCUCAUCCCAGAAAACCCACCGGCUGUCCCGCGCGAGGAGGCACCCGCACCUCGCAUCAAUGGGAGUGCCCUUCCGCUUGCACCAUCGCCCGGAAAGCGGCCAUCACAGCAGCAGCAACAGGCGGCCCAGCAGCAACAACAGCUCGUGAAACAGGUCUUGUCUCGCGAAUUGCAACUGUACUAUGCGCGCUUGACAUCGUCUCUCCUCCCGCCGUCUGCAACGGAUCUCACAAAACGCGCCGCGGCGCUUGCGAGCCUACGACAUGAUGCAGGGCUACAAGCACUGCUACCGUACCUGGUUCGUUGGGUGGGUGAAGGCGUCGUAGGGACGCUGAAGGAAGGCCUUCAAAGUGAUAACGAUGGGCGCGUGUUGGAGGUGCUGUUAGACGUGAUUGCUGCCCUAUUGGAUAACGCAGCAUUGUUCAUAGAACCAUAUCUUCACCAAAUCCUGCCCCCCGUUCUUUCCACACUACUUCACUCAAGCCUACCAGCUGCUCACAAUACACACCUCCGCACUUCCGCUGCAUCUACCUUGUCCCGCGUCCUCACUCAGCACUCGACAACCUACCCCUCCUUGUCACCACGUAUCAUGAAAACACUCCUACUCGCGCUCCUCUCUCCGGGGAAAAGCCGUGGUACUCGUGAAGGUGCGAUCAAGGGUCUCAUAGGCGUGGGGAAAGAGGCGGUCCGCAAGGGCCUCGUCGAAGCGGGCGGCGCCAAGGUAGUCGGAAGUGAAUGUAUGCCGGGCGAGGACGGUGGACUGGGCGACGCGGUCAUGGAAGCCUUCAAAACGCUACAUCCACCUUCAGAGUACCCAGUGUCAAUUAGGGAAAACGACGAUUCCAUUUUUGUUGCCCACCUGAGGGAAAAGCUCGGCGAUUUUUUCGCCGAACGGUUACUAGGCGAUGCGGAGUGGGCGAGAGCGAUCCUGGGAAGUGGUUGAUUCGCGCCUGUUGAGUGGGUUUUGGCUGAUGAAUGGUUCUUGGACUCUUACGAAGUAUUGUCCUGCUUGACAAUUCAAGACUACCAGAUUGGUCCGGUGUAAUCCCAAGGCUCAUCUUCGUAUUAGAAUCGUCAAAAUCUCAAGGGUCGUCUUUUCUUCGAAUCGGGCAAUGCAACAAUGCCUCAACUGGAGAGGUGGUAUGGCACAUCGUGACGAGUGGGGGCUCCUUAUUCACAUAUUGGAGGUGGGAAAGAUGUAGCAUUAUUCUACGUUUCGGCAUCACAUCGUAGUUGUGAAUGGGAAUCAACUUCGGCAGGU